AUGUCUCAACACCAAUAUACAUAUGCCACCGCUCCGGCGCCGAGGCAAUACUCGGCCCACGGUACGAGCAGUGCCUUUUCCAGCUCCGCCAACGCCGACGAGGAUUGGACUAAGAUCUCAGAUCUUGCCGAGCGCCGAAGAAUACAGAACAGGAUUGCCCAGCGCAACUACCGCAAGAAGUUAAAGAGACGUCUGGAAGACCUGGAGAGACGUGCCGGCUCGUCGGAUGAGGCACCAUCGCCCACGCGCACACCCGAGAAACAGACCUCGUCCAGCAGCCGGAGCUCCAAGAAGACAUCGUCCUCCAAGGCCUCGAAGUCAGCGUCUGCGUCCCAGAAGCUCGUGCAGCCGCCUCUGUACUCGCCGCCAAUGAAUCACGAGGACGAGCUGAUGUACCCUUCCUCGUACGACGAGCGAGACCGGUCCCACACCCCUCCCUUCGCCUACUCGGCAUAUCCGCCGCCCGACGAGAUGCACGUGCAACCCUACCACGCUGCCCAGCCCUAUCACCACAUCACCGCGGCCGAGAGCUAUCCCAACUAUAUGGCCGCGACUGUCCCUUGCACCCUGCCGUCCAUGACGCACUUCAGCGAUGCCAUCAAGAGGGAACAAUAUCCGUCCGAAGACUCCAUGUCCCCGUACAUGAGCUACGGAUACAUGUCGGGCGGCUUGGAACCUCCCCAUUCGUACGACCACUCCAACCCUCAUACACCACCGCUUUCUCACUCAUUCGACCACUCGCCAAACUGCUCCGAGGCUGGCUAUGACUAUCCAACAACACCGCUGUCGAUGCCCGGGUCACCCGGCAUCGCACAACAACCGUAG